UGGCUCCUUCAUCGGAUAUGGGGUAUAAACCCUAACUCGAACCCUGGAAACUUUUUAGGGUUUAAGCGUCUCCCUCCUUAAUUUCAGCGCAACUUUCCGAAUAUAAUCACUUGUUUUCUCGCUCUAGAAUGCCUGCCAUGAACUGUUCCGCUCACCUCUCUGACAAUGGUGGGCCUCGACUCCGCCAUUAGAGACCUUAGGAAAGACCAAGCCAAGCUCUGUUUACCAGAACCCACAUGCUUAAACCCUUCUUCUCCCACUUUUACAGAGCCUUUCGCGGAUUUCGACGUCAUAAAAGAGUGGAUUCUCGAACCAGAUAUCUCAGACAUGUCCACUGAAGAAACCCCGACUAGAAAUGGGGAAGAAUCGAAUUUGAAGGAGCCUGGUUUGGCUAAGUUUGAAGUUGGGGGGUCUAAGGAAGUGGUAACUGAUGCAGAGCAGCUAAAUUUAGUCGAACCCAUUUUUGGAGAUUUGGAGAAGGAUAUGGAGAAGGUUAGUUUGUGUUGCAAUAGAGAAAUAGGGUCCAACGAUUCUGGGGUUCCAGGAAUUGAAGCUAAUGAUUCCUGUACUGUUUCGAGAAAAGAAGAGACAGAUGGGUUUCCUGAAAAUGGACUGGAAAAUGCUGGUGUAUUGAUUAAUAAGGAUUCGGUCUCCCUAAAACCAGAGCAUAUAGAUGAUAAAUGCGCAGAUAGCGAGUCUGAGGAAUCGAGCAGGGAUGAUUCUUCAGAUACUUCUUCUUCCUCGUCUUCUUCAUCUUCUAGCACUGAUGAUGUCUCGUCUCCUUCCUCUUCUAGUACUGAUGAUGCUGACGAAGAUGAUAAUAGCAAGAGAAAAAGAAAUGAAGAAAUGGAAGAAGGUGAAAUAAAUGAUAUUUGCAGCGGCGAUGAAGAGGUGAAUGGGCCAAUUAGGUCCAAGAACGAGCUCUCGAUUCUCCCUCAUGUUCCUCCAGUGGAUGUCGCCUUGGAACCACAUCAUCGCCCAUUGCCUGUGGGGAUCGUUUUAUCUAUACUAGAUGCCAAAGUUAUAGUGGAGGGCCUGGAAAAGCAUAGCCCUCUUACUGAGGGCUCCAUACUCUGGAUAACUGACACCCGUUCCCCACUUGGUUUCAUUGACGAAAUCUUUGGACCUGUUAAAAACCCCUACUAUGUAGUCAGAUACAACUCCCCCAACGAAGUCCCCUCCAAUGUCUGCCAAGGCACCCCUGUCUCCUUUGUUGUGGAAUUCGCCAGCCAUGUCUUGAAUGAUCAAAACCUUUACAAGAAGGGUUAUGAUGCCUCUGGUGAGAAUGAUGAAGAGCACUCAGAAGAGAUGGAAUUCUCCGAUGAUGAAAAGGAGGCGCAAUAUAAGAGAUCCCACCAAAACAUGAAGAGAAGAGGUGAAACGAUCAAAAGCAACCACAACUGCCACAACGAUAGUAAUAGAAAGAAGAACAAAAACAAGGAAAUGAGGGGUCAGAAGAAGUGCCAAGACAAUAUAAAGGAGCGGUUUGCAAAGGCAGGACUACCAGCGAUUGAGCGAGGGUCUGCAGUCCCACCUCCUCAUGUGGCAGUCCCUAUGCAAGCGCCAUUUGUCACUCCCCCAUUGGGCUGCAUCACUGGCAUGGGUGGAACUCCCUUUCAACAAGUGACAGUGGGGCCCCCAUAUAUGUUGGGUCCAAGCAUGGCAGGUGGGCCACUGCCACUGGCCAAUAUGGUCAUGACAGGUGUGCAGCCUGAUCAUCAUCCUCCUCAUAACUAUCAUCAAGGGUCUGGAUCAUGUGGACCAUCGGGCAAUGGGGUUUGGACAGGUGGCAUACCUGGUCAGCAGCAGCCUCAACUGCUGAAUGGGAAUUGGAUGGUGGGGAUGCAGCUACUGUCAGGGUCCCCAAUUCCAGGUCUCGGCUCAUUAAACACGCAUGGUCAGAUGGGGUUCAAUCAAGCGCACUUUUUACAGGCAGGGAUGAUGGGUGGUGGAGUUCACCAGAAUAUGGGCUUAUUACAACAACAAAACCAACAACAGAUGUCUAUGAAUAAUAAUGAGCAGCAGCAGUUUGUUUUUGGUCAGCAGCCUUUGGCAGGUGGCAAUACUAAUUUUAGUCCUCCCAGGCCUGAUGGGGGGAGGAGGCCACCAUUCAGGCGAGGUGGUGGACGUUUUCAAGGGAGGGCUGGUGGUCAUUUUCAGGGGAAAGGCAGCUCGCGACAGCAUAACUCUCAGUGAAAUUCGAAAAUGCGCACAUUCUGAUGAAGUACCUUGGACGCUGCAUUGCAGCCCUACAUCACAACCACCUUUCAUGUUUUAUUGCUGCAUGAAGCAAUCCAAUCUCAAGCUCCAGUUGAUUCUCGGGCACAGGAUUACAUUUAAGAGCUUGUGUCCCCUUGGGGUUAAGACCUUAAAAGGAUUUUGACAUGAAGUUCUUGGAUCCACUUUAGAAUCAUGAGAUAAUCAAUUUUAGGGGGGAAAAGUCAGAUUUCAAGCACCUAAGUACUUGGAUAUAAUUUUGAUGGUAUUGUUCAAUCUUAGGAUGUUAUUAUCUUUUCAGGCAUAUACAGCAUGCAUAUCAUUUUCUUU